CAAUAUUGUUCACUAUAUCUCGCCGGCAAAAAAGUUCACUAUAUCUCACCAAACUCUCUCUCAAUAUCUUCAACUUUUUAAUAAAAGAAAAUAAAGAGGGAAAUGAUGUUUGUUUCAGUAAAGUAUGCCCUCGUGAUAGUGAUGACCUUGAUAUUAAGAGUCCUAUACAACUUCAUUUGGUGUUACUACCUCACACCAAGACGCAUUAAGAAGUUAAUGGAACGUCAAGGCAUCACCGGCCCAAACCCACGCUUCCUUACUGGAAACAUCAUCGACAUCUCCAAAAUGGUUUCUUACUCUGUCUCCGAUCAUUGCUCUUCCAUCCACCACAAUAUCGUUCCUCGCCUUCUCCCUCACUACGUCGCCUGGUCUAAACAAUAUGGGAAGAGAUUUAUAGUAUGGAACGGGACGGAGCCGAGGCUGUGCUUGACGGAGACGGAGAUGAUUAAAGAGUUGCUGACGAAGCACAAUUCCGUCACCGGUAAAUCAUGGCUCCAGCAGCAAGGCACUAAAGGGUUUAUUGGACGUGGUCUUCUCAUGGCCAACGGCGAGGCUUGGCACCACCAGCGCCAUUUGGCAGCUCCUGCGUUCACACGUGAUAGGCUCAAAGGAUACGCGAAGCAUAUGGUGGAGUGCACAAGGGUGAUGGCGGGGAAGCUAAGGAAGGAAGUUAAGGAAAGUGGAGGAGAUGAUAAAGAGGUGGAGAUUGGAGAGGAGAUGCGGCGGCUCACGGCGGAUAUAAUAUCUAGGACGGAGUUCGGAAGCAGUUACGACAAAGGAAAGGAGCUUUUCAGUCUACUCACUGUCCUUCAGCGACUCUGCGCUCAGUCCACUCGCCACCUCUGUUUUCCUGGAAGCCGGUUUCUACCGAGCAAAUACAAUCGAGAGAUAAAGAGUUUGAAAACUGACGUAGAACGUCUUUUGAUGGAGAUUAUAGAGAGCCGGAAAGACAACGUAGAGAUCGGUCGGAGCAUCUCGUACGGGGACGACCUCUUAGGGCUUCUCCUGAACCAGAUGGAUCGCAGCAAAAACAACCUUAAUGUUCAAAUAAUAAUGGAUGAGUGCAAAACUUUCUUCUUCACUGGUCAUGAGACAACCUCUCUUCUUCUCACGUGGACCCUCAUGCUCCUUGCUCAUAAUCCCACGUGGCAGGAAAAAGUACGCCGUGAGGUCCGACAAGUUUCUGGCCAAGACGGUAUCCCUUCCGUUGAGCAACUCUCAAGUCUUACCUCGAAUACACAUGUCGACUAAGUUUUGACUUUGGGCGAGAUUUGGGAUAGAAUCACAAUCAUUUCUUUUAUUUUCUUAAAAUGUCUUGGUGUGUAAUGCCAAUUUUUAUGGGUGGGGGUGGGGUACUACCUUCUUUCAACACACUACAGGCAAUGCCACUAAAUCUCAAUUAGUACAUAUCUGGUCAACUUUAAUAUGAUAUAUAUUGUUAUAUAUCUACCCACAAAUUUGUAUUAAUGUAUUCUCCCGUAAAUUAUUAUAUAGUGUUUCUGUCAACUAAAUAAACAAAAAUGUAAAGAUGGUUAAUUGAUUGAUUAGAUAUAGUUCAGAGUCUGAUAAUGCAUGUCAUGCAUGAAUGAAACACAUAGUCAUUUAUAUAGAAAAACAUUGAAGCAAGUAGCAUGUGGGUACAUACACCCGUGAGUACAAAAGUAAAGCCGUGGGGACAUGCCCAUGAUUUGAUACAUAAAACGAGUGUAGAAAGUUGAAAAAAACUACACUCUCCCGUGAUUCCAUCUUACAUACCCUACCACUACAACCACCUACUACUACAUUACCACCCGUGACUUGAUUUGAUACAUAAAGAAACAGAGACCUGCAACCAUCCACGCAUCCUCCUCUUUGAACCCGUGACCUACAAAGCACAACAGUUACAAUAUCAAUAUACAUCAAGGAAAAGAUUAAAACACAAACAUCAUACACUGCAUUUCCUAGCAACCAACUGUAAAUUUCAAAAAAAAUAACCACUCACCAACUUAAAGCAAUUCAGAUAUGAGUUUGUUUUUUAGAGCAAGCUCUUGAUCUGUAAGUGUAUCAGCGUUUUUGCCUAGCAACCUAUCAAGUAUUUUCUGUUUGGAUAAAAUAUUCUUGGCUGCUAGAAUGGUUUCGAUCUGAUCAAACGCUGCUUCAUUGCCAUGCUUCUUGCGUUUUGCUGCUUUGCUAGCCUUGACUCCGGGAGGUCUAACAUCUUCCUCGCGACCCACCUCAUCCGCAGUUUCCUUCCUUUUCUCCUUUGCACCAUUUGAUUUCAGACUGUGUGAUCUCCAUUUUUGAUCAAACCGAAGCUCCCUCCAACAAUGUUCAAGAAUGAACUUGGAUUUGUAGUCAUUAAAGAAGAUGUCAUGAGCUACCUUCAUGACAUCAUUCUCAUUAUGUCCACUCGCCUGCUCCUUCAGAGCAGCUUCAUGACAUCCCACGAACUUACACACCUGCUCAUUAAUCCUUCCCCACCUCUGCUUACAUUGACUCCACUCCCUAGGAAUAGAGCCAACGAGCAGAGGGCUAGCAUUCAGGUACUCCUCUAUUCUCUUCCAAAAUGCUCCUAGCUUCUGUUCAUUACUGGUUAUUGGAUCCUUGCUGGUGUUCAACCAAGCACUGAUCAACACCAAAUCUUCUUUGGUUGUCCACUUCCUCCUUUCCGGAGGUUUAGGAACCUCAGAAGAUCCUAUUUCUAUUGGCUGAGGGGUCUGGGAAGUAAGCAGGUUAACAAAGCCGGGAGAGUUUAGGGGAAAAGGAUCCAUUUUGGUUGAGUAUUGAAGUUUUUAAGUUUUCGUUUAUGUUUUAAGAUGUCGAUUAGCUAGGUUUUUAAACUACUUUUGGGUUUGCAAGUACAAGGAAGUAAACACCUUCUAACCACUAAAAAUUGAUGACACUUAACUUAACUACACAACUACUUCACACAGACCAUUCAAUAAACAUCAAAUCAGGUUUUCAAAUUAAUUAUUUCAAGUUUAAAUUUAGUUCUGGUUCAGUUGAAGUUUAAAUACAAGUUCACACAGACCAUUCAAAAAUUGAUUACACUUAACUUAACUACUUAACUACACAACUACUUCAGUUUUGGUUCAGUUCAAGUUUAAAUUCUACUACUACUCUAACCUACUCUAGUUCAAGUUCAAAUUCAUUAUUAGGCAACAACUCUAGGGAUAGUGUGGUUACCUUUGUGUUUUCAGUCGAAGCAGCAUUUCUCCAAGUGAUCCACUUGCACGGUCAGGUUAUAAACCUUCCCAGUGAGCCUAUCAACCUCCACAGUGAGGGCUUUUACCUCUGCCUGUUCAAGGAAAUGACAAUGAGAUGGUGUUAGUCACUGUAUAAAAGAUAAGAAAAAAAUUACAAAACAAAAUUCAUAAGUGGGAAGUCAGAUUACCUCCAGACUCUUGAUCUUAUUAUUCACUUCCGGCAGCCACUUGAUCACCGCCUCCACCUCCUCCACACGACUUGUGAGCCGUUCGAUAUGCUCCUGCACACCAAUGACCCAAGGCUGACGAUAAUGAAAACCAUCAGCCUUGGUAACAACACAUAAACUAUAUCAGAUUGUUAAUUAACAGACAAAAACAGAAGACAUAAUUUAAAAGACAAGAACCCGUUUUAUACCUCGUAGUUUAUGCAGGUGAAGAAACGCUUGCCGGGGAGAGUGUCGUAUUCCUCCUUCCCACGAACCUCGUGAAUUAUACUCCCACCGCAGGGACACCUCGUCGGAAUCCCGUGUUCUGAAUCACACACGAUUGAAAGCAUAUCGAUGUGCUCCUUUCUUCUCUUUGUGUCUCUUAUCUCUGCUUCGGGAUCCAUCUGUAUCAGGAAAACAAAUAAUUAGAACAGAAGCAACCGAGAAACAAAAAAAAAAAAAUUUGAAAGACUAACUAAAAACCCCCAAAUCCAAU